AUGGCACCGCAAAUGAAAGGGCUCACCCAGUUCAUUGCUGAUCUACGCAAUGCUAAAGAUACUGAGGAAGAGCAGCGGCGAAUCAAUUUGGAGAUCAACAAUAUCCACUCAAAGUUCCUGGGGAAAGUCAACCUGUAUGAUCGCAAGAAGUAUCUCUGCAAAUUGAUGUACAUUUACUUGUUGGGUUACACUGAUCAGGUGGAUGUGGGUGUGCGUGAGCUGUUCCAACUCUUGCUGCUGUCUAACUACUCGGAGAAGCAGUUGGGUUACCUCGCCGUCCAAGUGCUCCAGCCUUAUCGUCAGGGUCGGGUCAAGGAUUUCUUGGUGACCCAAAUGGAGCAAAUGCAUCUGAUCUUACUACGCGACCUCAAGCUGGACCUGGAGCCGAUCAACUGCCUCGCCAUCAACCAUAUCGCUCUGCAUUACCGCGUCAAUGAUGGUACUACCAUUGGACAGAAUGAUGACACUGCUCCUCUUUGGCAGGAGUUGGUUGAUAUAAUCUAUCUGUAUUGCACCCUGCCGAUAUCAACUCCCAUCAUCAAAUCAAAAGCGGCCCUCGCCCUCAACUCUUUGUUGAAGGUGUUCCCAGGGUUACAAAAUAAUUGGAUCCCACGGUUACUCACGCUAUUGGACAACCCCGACAUAAAUGUGAUGACGUCCUCUAUCCCCCUCGUUGAAAUGCUUAUUACUCAGGAGCCGCGUUACAUCCGCCUGAUACUCCCUCUGAUUUCACGUCGGUUAUACGCCAUUAUCGUCGAGCAAAAAUGCCCAGAAGACUUCUUUUACUAUAACACUCCUGCACCAUGGCUAGUAAUCAAAUUACUUCAAUUGUUGGAGCGGCUAUUCGUGUCGCAAAAGCCUGACGGAACGCCCAUGUUGUCUAUCGUGGACUUUGACCAUACAGUUCUCGGUGAGUUACGUGCCAUCGUUGCUCAACUGAUUCAAAACGCUGGACAACCUGCUCGCGGACUUCCGAAUCGCAAUUCACAACUGGCAAUCUUAUUCCAACUGGUUCUGUUGGCGGUAUUCUUAGAUGCACUGCCAGACGCAAUUGAUGGAGCAGUGGCUGCAUUGUUAGGGCUUAUAGACAGCCAAGACACCAACACCAAAUACUUGGCUAUUGAUGCUCUUAUUAAAUUGACUCGAAGACUGACGGGUUUAGAAUCACGAUUCGACUCGCGCAUGCCGCAAAUCUUCCAGCUUCUAUAUGAUAAAGACGUUCUGGUACGACGCAAAGCCUUGGAUCUUAUUUGCACUGUGUGUCAUGCUGAAACUGCGCCCAACAUCGUUGGCAAAUUGCUCGAUUAUUUCCCGUAUGGCGACUUCUCCAUUAAACAAGAGUUGGCAUUAAAAAUCGCCGUGGUUGCGGAAACCUUCGCUACAGAUACUACGUGGUAUGUAUCCACCAUGUUACGUCUUCUUCUGAUUGGUGGGGGUUACAAUGCCAAUGGUAACUCCUUCAUAAGUCAUGAAGUUUGGGAACGUAUUGUUCAAAUUGUUGUCAACAACGAAGAGCUCCAACCGAAGACAACUAAGUUGGUGGUUUCGCUCCUCAAAAACCCCAUUACCCGUACCAACACUGACCCCAAAAAGGCCCCGCCUCCCCCUACUGGUACCCCUGAGAGUUUGGUUAAGGUGGCGGCAGUGGUGCUUGGUGAAUUUUGCAACACAGUAGAUCCCGAGCAGCUGUUCCGAGUGUUAUACGAUCACUACUUCAAAGUUAGCCUUGUUACCCGAGCCAUGCUUCUUACAACAUUCCUCAAGUACUUGGUAAAGUUUCCUGAUGCCGACUUUAUUGCUGAUAUUGUUGAUUUGUUCGAGGUGGAGACGAUGCUGUUGGACUUAGAAAUUCAAACGAGAGCCCACGAGUACUUGAUGCUUGCAACACAGCCCCUGCAGGAAUUCAAACGUCACGUCGUCCGCCCGCUUCCAGUGUUUGUACAAGAGGAAAGUCCCUUAUACAAGCGUCUCGGAUUAGACGCUCGUCGUCCUGGGGCACGUGCAAACGCUGUUGCCGCCGCUGCCGCUCGUGGCGCCGUCGAAGCACCUAACAAUGUCGUUAAUUCCGGAUUAACUCCGGGUUGGCAAGCCGGUUACAGCCGUAUGCUCCACUACGACGCCGGUAUCUUCUUUGAAAACCAACUCGUCAAAAUUCUUUACCGCAUUGUCAAAGACCAUCAUCAAAUUACCUACAAGUUCUCGGUGAUUAACAACGCGGGAAAGCUGGCUAAUACCGUUAUCAACGGAUUUACAUUACUUCUGAUCGACCCUCAGUGCGACAAUAUCAACCCACUGUAUGUGAUAACCACGACUGAACUGCCUGACGCUACUAUUUCCACGAAGACACUGAUGGAACAUGUUGUCAAAAUCCGCCACAUUGUCGAAAACAACCAGCUGCCAAGAAUGACCAUUACCUUCACCUGUGGUGGCUCGUUCAAUCAACUUAAUCUCAAGAUUCCGGUGACACUAUUGAGACUGUUGAGUCUGGGUGGAAUGCAAAUUUCCCUAGACGAAUUCAAUAUCCGAUGGUCUCAAAUUGGUAGUCAGCUUGGGCCCGAUGCUGGAGAGCGUGUCACCGAGGCAACCAUCCCUCAUCGAUGCAAUCUGUCUAACAUUGUACGGCUUUUGACUCGUCUAGGGUUUGCGGUGGUACAGGGGCUGCCCGAUGACGCCAUGCCCAUCGAGGUAUACGGAGCAGGGAUCCUUAACACCCUGCUGUCAAAUUAUGGUCUAUUGUGCAAACUCACCCUGAUAGGCGUUGAUGGGAAGACGUUUAGAAUCGCCGUCCGUUGUACAGGAGGUGGGGUUGCCGAAAUUAUCGCCGAUAGUUUACGAGAAGUGUUGAUGGCACAGUAG